UGUACACAAGAUACAUUGUUAGUGUAUACUGCAAAGAGAAAACACACAAUGUGGUUCAUAUAUUUAAGUUUGGCGAUAUUCGCUUCAGUGAUACGAGGCGAAGAUAGUGAUUAUUACGCUCCGCAAACAUUCAAACAGUGGAUUCAACAUACGCUUAUUGCUUUCUCACGCGCAUUACGACCAUCGCAGAUCGGGUCGGCAGAACUUUUCCAACCGGUGUACCAGCCUUGGGGCGAUGUUAUAAGGAAUCAGAAAAUAUCGGAUUCCUACAAUAAGGCUGCGUUCACACCGGCGCAGAAUGACGUCACGCCGCAAAGUUCCAACCCACAGUCGUGGAGACCGGGCCCCUCUAGCGAAGAUUGGAGAGCACCAGACCAAUGGGUACGUAAGGAACAACAAGCUUCUAUUCUGCAUCACAAGCAGGCACUCACAUCAGAUGGCAGUUUUCGUUUUGAAUAUGCGUCAGACAACGGACUGGCGGCGGGCGAGGUGAUUGAACCGGACGGGUCUCGUGUGGGAGCUUAUCAGUACAAAGACCCUUCCGGACAGCUCGUCAAGCUCAAGUAUAGAGCAGGGAAGGAAGGGUUCCAGAUUUUAGAAGGAAGUCAUCUGCCCCAGAGUCCUCAACCACAGCAACCAGAUAACUACUAUCAGAACGCGUACGCACAACAAAAGCAAUACGAUCAGCAGCAAUAUACCCAAAGACCGGAGACCAGCCAGGACUGGACUCCACAGAACCAGGCUGCUAGUGGCAGUCAAGGGGCUGGUGGACAGAACUACAAUCAGAAUUGGAAGUCAGACAAUCAAGAUGGUCAUUAUCGAGACAACGAUCUAAUGGAACAUAGACCGCAUUCUUUCGGUGGAGGCUACGCGUUUGCUUUCAAAGGAUAAAGAUGGCGCUGUAUUAAAACUUUGUCGAU